CACAUUCCAUUCCUGUAGAUUCAUUCCUUAAUUUUCACACUACAAUCUUCCCCGGAAACUAACAAUUCCUUCCAUUACUCAUCUGUGCACCAUCAUUAACUCACCAACUUUCCAUUUCCAAUCAAGCCCGCAACUUUCCCAAGAAAAAACUUCCCUAAAAAAAUCCUCCAUUGCAGAAGCAAAUCUCAAUCCAAUCAUUCUUUAAUUUUCCUGCUAUAAUUAUUUUCCCGGAAAGUAACAAACAGAUUUUCCCGGAAAAUGGAAGGUCGCCGGAGGAAAACGCUUUACGACCAAAUGACAGCUGGCAACACAAGUAGCGGAGACUCACUAGCCGAUUUGUUCCUCAACGACGUCGUUUUAGCCAACCAGAAGACAGAAGCCGAAGUCGAAGCUGAAGCUGAAGUGAGCCACCAUCUCAGCCAGAGCCGAACUCUCCAAGAUAUAAUCCAAGAAGACGCCGUCGUUUUAACCAACAACGCGAAGGAUCGCAAAUCCUGGAAAGCCUUCAAGGACAAGCUUCGGCUCAGGCGCACUAACGGUUCGGUUUGGACUUCCACCGUUCCUAUCCCUAUCCCUAUCCCUAUCCCUAUCCAGAAUAAUAAUAAUAAUGAUAACAGUGUCUUAUCCCAAUCCUCGCCACGCAACUCGGUCCAGGCCCAAACACGCCUUGACUCGGACGCGUCGACUCAGAACAACUUACCUCGCGAACAACCAAACGACGACGUUCAGGAAGACCACGACAAUUCGGAUCUCAUCACCCCUCCCGUCAACGCCUUAUUAGCUGGCGGCGAGUCUCCCGAUGCGGCGGAAGCUGCGGCGGCUGGGGCGGCGAGCAUGUCGCUGAUGGAUUUGUUAGAGGAGACGGAUGGGGAAUUGGGAUUCGAGAUGGAUUUGUGUGGAAUGAGCAUUGAUGAUAAUGAUGACGUGGAUGUUUAUGAGAAAGAAGAAGAAAAAAAGAAGAGCGUAGUAGAGUAUAAUUGCUGCGUGUGCAUGGUGAGGCAUAAAGGUGCGGCGUUUAUACCAUGUGGCCACACGUUUUGCAGGAUGUGUUCCAGGGAGAUUUGGGUGAGCAGAGGGAAUUGCCCACUUUGCAACAAUUUGAUUUCGGAAGUUCUUGAUAUUUUCUGAUCAAGUUAAUAAUUUGAUUUAUUUAUAGAUUAAUUUCUUUUUCUCUCUCUGUUUGAGUUUGGGAUUUUUCUUUUUAUUUAUUGUUUUG